AUGACUUUUCUUUUUUCUUUACAAUUUUCAGAUCUUGGAAUUUCUGGUACCACUUCAAAAAAGGGAGACCUUCAGUGGAAUGCUGGAGAGAAGAAGUUAACAGGAGGAGCCAACUGGCAGCCAAAAGUAGCACCUGCAACAUGGUCAACUGGUGGUGUCCCAAGUGGUCCAUUGACGGGAGCUGUGCCUCCAGCAGGUGCUGUUCCUGCUGCAGGAGGUACUCCACCCGUCCCGCAGCCGGGAGCAGCAUUUGGGAUGCCCCCAGCAGGCGCAGGCGUGCCCAUGAUGCCCCAGCAGCCAGUCAUGUAUGGGCAGCCUAUGAUGAGGCCACCAUUUGGAGCUGCCACUGGCCCCGGUGUACAGCUUUCUCCAAGCCCAACUCCUGCUACUCAGAGUCCCAAGAAACCUCCAACAAAGGACCCAUUAGCGGAUCUUAACAUCAAGGAUUUCUUGUAAACCAUAAGCUGCAGUUUUUCUGAUGGGAUGAUAAAAAACAAGUGCGUUUGGAGUCUACAAAGGGAUGCUCCAAGUUUCCAAGUGAGCCACCAGUACCAAACCCAGCGCUUACUCAGACUUUCUCUUCCUCCUGAAAACGUGUAGCACAGCUGUGAAAGUGAACAUUAGGAAUGUGUACUACUACUACCUUAGCUGUUAUCCCUACUCUCUCGAAAUUUGUGUACUCGGGUUAUUUGUGUUUUACAAUUUAAACAAUGGAUGUAUGUUUCUGAUGCCUUCUAGUGCUUUUCUGAACCUAUCCCACGGGGGCAGAUUAUGCAGCUGUUGUUUGGUGAGCCAUUUGGAGCGAUGUCUGUGGUUUUUGAAGGUCUCAAUGUAUAUAACUUUUUGAGGACACCUAAAAUUUCCCUAGGACUCAAUUUCUCCUUUAUCUGUUACAAAACAUAGUGUGAUAAUACAAGAUAGUAAGGAAAAUACUUAUGAAAUUGUGUGGAAUACCUUUUUUUUUUUUUUUUUCUUCUCUCCAGUCACAGGAAUCUCAAUUGUCGUGAAAAAAUGUUUUAUUUUUGUGGCACUGUAUAUGUUAAGAUAAUUUAAAGUAAUAUAAAGGUAAACUUCCAUAACAAAUACUUUUUUCAAUGAUUUACCAAGAAGGAAAAAAACCAUAUCUGAAAGAAUACCAUAUUUAUUGCCAUUUUUUAUUUUAAAAAUCUAUUUUAAUUAUUUAAGGUUUUUUUUGCAUUUUAAAAUUGGCGUGUCUAUCGGUUCUUGCUCAAUGCACUGAAAAAAUAAGUAAAGGGUCGGUUUCUCUCCGUGUAGCUGGGAAAAGCAACCGUAGUCGUGCUGGCAUUAAGGGAUUUCAAAUACUGAGAGCACUCUUUGGUAUAUCUGUAGUCGAAACAUGACGAGUGAUGUUACUCAUCUCUGUUCAGUUCUUACGUACAUCUCUUAAUUUAGUGCUUCCCUGUGUAUGCCUUAGGCUAGUGUUUUCUCCAUUGCCCCGAAUGCGCUGUGAGUAGCUUUUGUACUAUUGGUGAUUAGAUUUAAUUCUGAUCCGGAGAUCCACGCCCUUUACUGUACAUACUGUGUUUCUUUUUAAUUUUGAUUUGUUCUCAUACUGUUUCUCUGCUGAUGGCUUGGCGUUAAGAUCUUGACUCUUCAAUGAGGUCACUGUUGAUCAGUGUUACAAGUGGCUUGGCAGUUCUCUGUAAAAGCAUAUCGGGUUGGAAAGAUAUUCACCUAAAGUCUUUCAAAUGAACUAUUUAAUCAGUGUAUGGUACCAUUAAAAGUGGUUGUAUCUGAAUUUGCUGUGGGGAUAACAUAAUGGGAAAGUUCUAUAAAAGGCGAAUUUCAAAAAGGCUCUUCUUUGUAUUUCAGUUUAAAAAACAAAGAAAACAAACAAACAAACAAAAAACCCCAGUGCAUGUGUGCCCUCUGAGAUGCAAUAAACACCUUGAUCAAAGUAAA